ACUCAAAAAAAUUAUCGAUUACGUAUUGCAUGAAUGCAUCAGAUUUCGAGUUAAAUUUUUUCUAAAACUUGCGUGAUGGGUUUCAAAUUCGCUGUCGUCGAUAACGAGUACAAAAAAUUAGAUUUAUUAAAAAAGGAAGAUGUUAAUCGGCUAGAACAAUGGUAUAAUAAGCAACAACACUUACCAAAAAUAAACGAACUAAAAUUAAUCUUUUUUUUGCAAAGUUGCGAUUAUAAUUUGGAACAAACUAAAGUAUGCGUCGAAAAUUAUUACCAAAUCCGGGCAAAGUGCCCGGAAAUUUUCGCUAAUCGAAGUUACGAUGCGAUUAAACAUUGCUUAGACCACGUUUUAAUAGCUAUGUUACCAAAACGGACCCCAGACGAUUGCACCGUUUCGUUAUUUAAGCUAUUAGAUACAAAUUUGGAAGUGUUUCAAUUCGCAAAUUGGGUUAAAAUGGGCGAUAUGAUACUUACAUUAAAUUUGAUGCUAAACGGAACUCAAAACGAUCAAAUAUUAAUUUUGGACAUGGAAGGAACGCAUUUAGGGCACUUAUUAAGAUUGAAUUUAAUGGUCGUGCAAAAAUACGGCGCUUAUCUCCAAGAAGGUGUUCGUGCGAAAAUAAGAGCGAUUCAUAUCAUAAAUACCUCGUCUUUAACCGAAAAAUUAAUCACAAUCAUUAAACCAUUAAUUACAGCGGGGUUAUUGGAGGUUGUCCAAGUUCAUCCCAAAGUCGAUUCUUUAUAUGAUUACGUCCCAAAAGAUAUCUUGCCGAAAGAAUACGGGGGAAAUGAUGUUUCAAUAAAAGAAUUAAAAGAGGGUGUGGAGAAAACUUUGCGGGAAAACGCCGAUUAUUUCAAAUUGGAAGCUAAAGAAAUCGUGGAUGAAUCAAAAAGGAUUUCAUUAACCGAAAAUGCUUUAUUUGGUUUUGAUGGGUCAUUCAAACAAUUAAACAUUGAUUAAAAUGUUUUAUUUUGUGUAAUAAAUUAAUGAUUAUCUCA